GUUUAUAUGAUACUCGAACAAGUUGGCAUCCCCGGCAGUCAAAGUAAAAUUAUUUGUGUAGCCAGAACCUUGUGUAUUUAAUUUUUAUUUAUUCAAGACUGAAAGUUAUGGCUUUGGUGUCUUUAUUGUUUUUAUUUAUGCUUGAUAACGGGAGAGAAGGAAUACAACUGGAACUGGCUUCCUGAUGUUAUAUAUUAGACUAAGACGUAAAUAUAUUCGGUUCUGUACAAUUUUGAACGAGAAAUGGAAAACAAUAUAAAACAACCGCUUGUUGGCGACAUUGAUAUUGGACUUGUGAAGAUUGAGCAUGAUGAGAUGCCUGAUAUUAAUAUUGUAGAAAAAAUGGAAUUGCAGUGGGAGCAGAACCAACAAAAACAACAGCUUCGUCCAAAGCCAUUUCAUCGGGGGCAAAGAAUGGUCAACUGGCGCGAAGGAGAAGUCAAUUAUUUAAUUGAUUUGGUUAAAAAUAAUUCCUAUGUUUGGAAUAGUUCUGUGCCCGAUUUUAAGAAGAAGCACAAGAAAGCAUUAUUUUGGGAACUUGCUGCAGAUAAAAUAAAUAACGCUCUAAAUCCAAGGACACCGUUUACAAGAAAUGAUUGUUUCAAGAAAUGGAACAAUCUACGUACCUAUUUUCAAGCGGAAGUGAAGUCUAUUAAGAUAAAAAAUAAUGGUGGCACCUCGGAUGGCGAAGAGAUCAGUGGCGGCUGGAAGUAUAGUUCGAAGAUGAGCUUUUUGAUUGGCACGCGCUUGCCUCAAAUAGCUGUAAAUGCGAUUAACAAUAACGAACAUUCGGUGUUCGAUGCAACGACCAGCUUAUCCGAUUCUAAUGGCGAAUCGGAAAUGGAAGUUUCAAAUCAAGAACCUCAGGAAAAUGAUUGUAAGGAAUCGAUUGCCAUUGUGGAUGAACUGCAUCAGUCGCCACCAGGUUCACCGCAAACAAAACGCAGGAAAAAUAAUGACUUACCAGAUGGACCGGAGAAUAUUAUACCCCAAAACAUGCCGAAUAAUGUGAAUAAAUUGCCUACGAACGCGCUGGCUAGUCAAUUCAAUAAAAGCGAAGAGUCGCGUUCGUAUUACUAUAGCAAAUAUGUUGGCCAAUGCUUGGAUAAGCUGGAUGCUGAUCUUAAUUUGGAGGCUAGAGAGAAGAUAAGCGAAAUAUUAUUCAAAUAUGAGAAAGUACAAUUGAAGCGAUCAUAGACUGAUAUACUUGUUAAAUAUAAUAUAUAUAUAUAUAUC